AUGGGCAUCAUUACAGCAGCUGGUGUUUGUGCUGUUCUCUAUGUUGUGGUUCGUGUGACUCUCUUCCUUUAUCGUUUGUUAUCGCCGGUAAAAAUUGAUGUGAAAAAAUUUGGUUCAUGGGCUGUUGUAACCGGAAGCACAGAUGGAAUCGGUUUGGCUUAUGCAACUCAUAUCUACAGUACUAUCCGUGAUCAAAUUCGUGGACUUGACAUUGGCAUCUUAGUAAAUAAUGUUGGAAUGUCAUAUGAUUAUCCCGAAGUGUUUGAUAAAGUUGAAAAUAGUGAAAGUUUUAUGAAUAAAAUGUUACGUUGUAAUGUUGACUCAGUCUCACAAAUGACACAUAUGAUUUUACCAGAUUUGAUCAAGAAACGAAAUGGUUUGAUUGUCAAUGUUUCGAGUAUAUCUGGCAGAUAUCCAGUGCCAUUAUUGGCCUUAUAUUCGGGAACAAAGGCAUUUGUGGACUUUUUCUCAAGAUCAUUGGCUGUUGAAUGUGCAAAUCGAGGUGUUUUAGUUCAGUCAUUAUGUCCAGGAUUUGUUUGUAGUAAAUUAUCUGGUAUAAGAAAACCGAGUCUAUUUACGCCAACAGCUGAACAAUAUGCAAUCAGUGCAUUAGAACGUGUUGCGUUGCCAUAUACUACGGGCUUCUGGGCUCAUGAAAUUCAAAUGUCUUUCAUCGAAGUCACACAGGAUUCCCAUUUUCCAAUUCAAAAUUUACCAUAUGGAGUAUUUUCAACAAACGACAAUUCCCGUCAUCGUAUUGGUGUUGCAAUUGGAAAAUACAUAGUUGAUUUAUCACAAAUCAAACAUUUAUUCAAUGGUCCAGUGAUGAAAGAUAAACAAUCUGUAUUUGAUCAACCUGUGUUAAACGAAUUUAUGGCACUUGACUCUAAAGCAUGGAAAGAAGUUCGAUCAUAUUUACAAAAACUUUUAGCUUUUGUUGAACAAAAAGAUGCUAUAAUGCAUUUACCUGCACAAAUAGGUGACUAUACCGAUUUUUAUGCAUCCAAACAACAUGCAACGAAUGUUGGUACAAUGUUUCGAGGAAAAGAUAAUGCGCUAAAUCCAAAUUGGCUACAUUUACCUAUUGGUUAUCAUGGUCGUGCUUCAUCUGUUGUCAUAAGUGGAACACCGAUUCGACGACCAAAUGGUCAAAAAAUGGCAUUUUUUGUGGGUAAAGGAAAUGAAAUGGGACGACCAAUCACUAUUAACGAAGCGGAUGAGCAUAUAUUUGGAUUAGUUAUUAUGAAUGAUUGGUCAGCACGUGAUAUACAAAAAUGGGAAUAUGUACCACUCGGUCCGUUUAACGGAAAAAAUUUUGGAACAACUCUUUCACCGUGGAUCGUACCAAUGGAAGCAUUGAAAGAUGCACUUUGUCCUAGUGAACUACAGGAUCCCGAACCAUUACCUUAUUUACGUGAAAAUGAUCGUUCCUCAUUGAAUAUUGAUUUGGAAGUGAGAUUGAAAGCUGAUAAGUGCAAUGAAACGUGGACAAUUUGUCGUUCGAAUUCCAAGAAUAUUUAUUGGUCUCUCAAACAAAUGCUUGUUCAACACACAAUGACCGGUUGUAAUAUGAAACCAGGUGAUUUAAUUGCCACAGGAACAAUCAGCGGAUCAACACCCGAAUCGUAUGGAUCGAUGCUUGAACUAUCAUGGCGUGGAACAAAACCCCUUGAAUUAACAAAAGAUGUACAACGAAAAUUUCUGGAAGAUGGUGAUACGAUUAUCAUGACCGGAUGUUACAAAGGCGAUGGAUUUAAUAUUGGUUUUGGUGAAUGUUCUGGAACAGUUUUACCUGCAUUAUCGAUACCAACGUAA